AUGGGUACGGACUCAUGGAGAGAGAUCGUUGCUAUGGUGCCCAAGGAUAUCCUAAUCUGUUCUCAUCCUCAUCAUUCGACAUGGUUGGAUGGUGUGUUUUAUUGGGUCGCUGCUAAUCCUCAUGGUCGUUAUAUAAUUGUUGCUUUCCACAUGUUCAACGAAUUGUUCGAACACGUAUUUUUCCCCGAGGAUAUUAAGAUUGACUCUCUGCCUUGCCUUUGUGUUUUGAGGGACUCCCUUGCCCUUUUUACUUUGGACCGAUACAAGUUGGAAACAGAGUGGUGCCUUGGCAUAUGGGUAAGGGAUGGAAACAGAGUUAAGGAUCCUUGGAACAAAAAAUACAGUUUUGGACCCAAUUUAGGAUGUUAUUUGGCAUUUGGAUUGAUGAGAAAUGGCGGGCUUCUUUUGAGAGGCAACCAUUGCUGGAUGGUGUCAUACAACCUUGAUACCCGGAUCUGA